CGGGUCUACGGUCUAGUGUAAGAGCUAGUCGUUAGCCUGCCCACUGUGUACAGGUUUAUUUCUCGUCUCGCGCGUACGGACGGUCCACGGUCGUAAGCUCGUAGUAGUAGUAGUCGUCGGUUCGGCGAGCGAGAGUAAGCUUCGGUACGGUAGACUGUGCGGCAGCCACACUGCUCGCGAUAGACGCGAAGUUUUUGGUCCUUCGAGCCGGAUGAUGCGCUGAGUGCGACGCAACGGUUAUCUGUGCGAUUAGGUUUGUGCUUGACAGUGAUGUAUGCUUGUGUUAUGACUAGUUGUUUGUGUACUCUUUGGAUUCUAUCGACAAAUAAGGAUAAUCUAUCAGCUAGUGAGGAUAGUUGCUGUAAACUAUAAAAAAAUCUGCAGCAGAAUAUUCGUAAGGCGUUGUGCCGAUGAUUUCUGCCGGCGUGGAGGGAAGACUGCCAUACAUGACGUAUCCGGAGCCUUGGAGGGGUCCUCCGAAACAACCUCCCGAGUUGUUUCUCAGGCCUAAACCAUUGCCGUCCACUACCAGGUACAAUGGCGUGAGCCAGCCGACCGGAAAUGGCACUGGUGGUGGAGCGGCGAGUGGUUGCGGAGGCGGGGCAGCAGGGGGCAGCUACCCGAACGGUACCCGAUUGGCGCCACCCCCGGCGCGGCCAAUCACCAAGUACGCUUCACCGCCCUCUAUCGCCGCACCUGUCAACCUGGUGCAGACCAAGGAGGAACAGGUCGCUGCCACUGCUGCCGCCAUUGCUGCUGCGGCCGCUGCUGCCGAUGACAGGACAACAAUUCCGGACAUGUCGGCGUACAGCCCGUACCGCCUAUUCCCACACGCCCAAUUCCCGCACUUCCCUUACCCCAUUUGCCAGCAACCCUACAUGCUUCGAACCAGUUUUCCUCCUACCCCGCUCUCUCCGAUGGAAACCUUCUCCCCUACGGCCCCAACAGCCACGUCCACUUUCCUGUCGCCGCCCAGCACGUUUAGCCCGCCCACAUCGGUGAAGCCGCCCACGCAAGUGCAACAGACCAACACGAUACUGAGGGAUAAAAGGACGCCGCCCGCCCAGCACCAGUCACAAGGAUCACCCUUAGCCCCUCCUCGAUCUCCUCUAGCUCCUCCUCUAACUCCGAGCCAAUCACAAGCAGCCGCUGCGAGUUCAGCUGCUUUCAAAGUGCCUUCGGGGAAAGAAGGCUCCCUCAAACAUCGGAUCCUGACCAGGCCGGAGGACAAUGUCAGGACCAGCGGACCUUUAGACCUGCAGAAAAGUUCAGAGGGACGGAAAAGGCUGCAAGCUACCAUGUCACCUCCUAGGUCUCCCAAGAGGACGAUCAACAAUAACACGAUGUCCAGCAACUUCACCAAAGGCUCCUUGAUUCAGUUGCAUAAUGGCGAGUUGAGGAGGAUAGAGGACAUGCGCACUGAAGAUUUCGUCAUGUCUGCGGACAGGAGUCCUGAAUUGAGAUUGGCCGAGAGCACGGUUGUCAGGAUAGAGGAGAGUCACUCGGGGACGGCCACUAUUACGCUUACCUACAACCAGAGGCGCGCACAGGUGGAAGUAGAAUCUUCAUCGUCCCAUCCGUAUUUUGUGAUGGGCGCAGGGUGGGCAUCAUGUGACCCAGCUGCCACACACCUCAGAUAUGGACUGAACGUACACAAGUUGCAGGUAGGCGACGUGUUGAUCUCCUUAACACCACGUGAGCCUCCCACACCUCAGUCUGCUGCGAUGUCGUACACCUCCUCCUGCAGCCCUGCGUCGUCCAGUACGGCCCAGUCGUUAUGCGGAAACGGGAGGUCGGUUGCUGCAGCCGCAUCUACAGUGAUGACCACAGCUACGGCUACAGCUGUCACCGCAAGACAGCAGCUGUCAUCUGUCAACUCUAAUACCUCUAACAGCCACCAUACGCCGCACUUAUUGGCUACUUCGAGCUUACUACUCAAAUCUUCCACUCAAGUGAGCAACCACCAACAGCACCAAUCUCAACACUCUCCGGCGGUCUCAGCGCAAUCUCAACCAAUCAACUUGCACUUCUCGAGCCAUGCUCCCACGAUAGCUCCGCCCAUGUCUCCUGACAGCGCAGCCGCAGCGGCAGCAGCGCGGAAACGACGAUGGUCCGCCCCUGAUGAGAUGUGCGAGGAGGCCGAGCUUCAGAUCAGAAGGCACCGCCCUUCUGGACACACCCCUCCUGAGUAGUGAUACGUUUCUGUGUCUCUCCCUCCCUUGUCCACAGUCCUUUUCCCUCCAAGCUCGUCCAGCAUGUGUAGAUAUUAUGUAAUUGUGUAAAAAGGUCGAUUUAAGAGUUAAGAUGUGGUUGGCUGGUAUACGGGAAUGCGCUUCGUCUCGAUCCAUUAUGGUGGGCUUCAGUGAAAUCUCAAAAAUCUAGACAAAUGAAAAUAGUUUGAGGCACUUAUAUGGAAAAUAAUACUUAGGUGUGCCAUUAUGACACGGUCUAUCAAACUCCGGUUAACCCUAACCCCUGGUAACUAUAACUUGGAAGCUAACUAUCAGUUGUCCAUUAGUUCUACUUAACUAGUCAGUAACAGGGAAUAUGCAUGUUUUUUUUUAUUUUCUGUAUAUUACUUAUGUAAAUUUAAUGCCUUAUACACAUAUUUCAUUCAAGCAAAUAUCUGUGUUCAUUGUUUAUUAAACAUUCAAAACUGCAAGGCCAAUGAUGAUUUAUACGCCUCUUUUUUUUGACGCGCUUCGCAAUGACGUCAUAAUCCUCGAUAUGUCAUUCGAUUGUCUUUAUGGUCAGAUUGCUGUCGAGUUUCCAAAGGUCCUAUUUCGUGUCCUGUAGUUUUAAUUAAGAAAAAGCAAAAGCAUAGAUCAAGUAGGUAUGGAAACAUUAUACGUUAAGUACUGUAUUGUACCUACCUAUGUCGCGGGAAACACCGAACAAAGUAUCUAUAAGUUUCAUAUUCCUCGAGAUGCUAAGAUAAGGGAAAAGUGGUGUAAAAUGUUGAAAACUGAAGAUCAUUUUGACGUAAAUACAGAACUACUCGUACUAUUUUGCCCAAAUAUGAUUGGUUGUUACUUACCUUAGAUUACAAAGAUUAUGUUUUCUUUUUUCACUUCCUAUUUAAAGAAGAUAUUUUUAUAACAUUAGGUCGAACAUUCUUUCAGUUUUUGGGGUAUGCCCUGGUUCAUUUAUUUCCGAUAUGUACGUUGACAGUCAAUGGCAGUGAAAGGCCUGGAACUUUGAAUCGCAAUAGCAUUGCGUUUCGAUAUUUCAAAUAUACCUCAUAUUUUCUCCGUUUUUUAUUAAUUGUGGCUCGUAAUUUUAUAGCGUGUAGGUUUAAAAUAAGGUCGAAGGUGUCAUUCUGUAGCAAUAUAGACUAUAAAUAAAAAAAUAUACGAAUAUUUGAACUACAUGCAAAUUCCCUAUUGCUGAUGCCCUAAUGCUGAUUUUGCUUCUGAACUAACAUGGAUAAACUUUACAACAUAAAAUGCAUUUUCAAAGUUAACUCCCAAUUAGUAGUAAAAUGACAAUCACCAAUUGAAAAACCGGACCUUAAUGAUUUACGCACAACACAUAUUGUAUUAAGUACUAGAAUUAACUGCCACUGAACUACAAAUAUUGCAGCAUAGGUACUGUCAGCAAACUACAAAUUUUGUGGCCCAACAUGAUCCCAUUGAAACAUUUCGUAUACCCGGUGAUCUGCCAGCUGAAAUGUUAAUUACUGUUGCUUAUUAAAAAUUGAUAUUAUAACUCGUUGUUGAGAACUUCGAACAAUUACUACCCUUUGCAGUACAAAAAUAUGCUUUUUGUAGAAAACGCAUAAUAUUUUCCUACUUCUGACUAUAAAACUACAUACUAAACUAUAUAUCAAAGUUAUAUAGUUAUAAACCAAUGAAUGUACUGUGUAAGGUAAGGAGUUAAACUGUUGACGUACUUGUAUAUAAUUUAAAGAAGUUGUUCGAAGUACUUUAAUUGUUACUGUGCUGUACUCAAAACUCGUAGUGCAAUGCGGAUGGCGGACAAUAGGAUAGAGGCAGGGUUAGAAUGUAUACUGGAAGAACUACUCAACUCAUUUGGACUAAUGUCAUAUGGUCUCUCACACGAGUAUUUAUUACAUUUUAACGGCUACUGAGGUGAACAACUGAUCAGCAAGAAAACAUCUUUAUAUUAAAGCCUGACAUAAUCAACCGGUUGUGAAUCGAGUACAUUUCAGCACCGCGUUCAGAAUUGUUUAUACCAAACAUAGUCAAAAACCGUUUAUCUUGUAUUAUUCCUACGUGACUUGAAAUAGUCAAGAUCAUUAGCAGUCACUUUGCUGGCAGCGUUUUUUCUUAUGUGCGAAAAUACUUUUCGAAAUAAAAGCGUUGCUAGGAAGUAUAAAUCCGUAGCUUACAAAAGGCCACAACAAAUACUGAUCUAACGUGGACGUAUCCGUCAGAACUGUGUCACUUGUCAAUAUGGUGUAUUUUGAAAUGUUACUAGAUAAUCAACUGUUAUAACUGUUAUUUGCUAUCACGUUUGACGUAACGGAUACUCGUGAAAAAGACUACCAUUAUUUUUCCUUGGGGUUGUGGAAAAGGCCUAGGAGGUUAUGUGCAACAUUGUAAAAUUUCUACGUGUGUGUGUCGAUCCGUUCGAUAGUAAGACUACAGACAUCGCUUUCUCUUAUUAAAGUUCGUGAUCUUAUUUCUUUUUUGACGGCAAAAAAAUAAAAGUAAGAUCAAAAAUAAACAAUGACUUUUGAAGCGAUCCUCUGAAAAAUUUAAUUUGCAAUUGAAAAGUCAGUGUAUAAGAUUAAAGAAAUGGAGGAGUGUUAGUGUGCCAAAAAUGUAGUGAUUGUCUUCCUUCUCAGCCCUUAAUUUAGAGUGAUCUAAUAAAAAGAUAUGUUCCAUGCACAUUAUAUUUCUCGCCCGAAUUCUUUCGGUCUGUAUCUCUCGUUGCAUAUAGAUGUCGUUCUGAAAUUUAUAUUUUUGUAGCUCAUCAACUAAUCCUGCGGUCUCUCAUCUAAAUGACACGCUUACUAUGUUUGGCAGUUCUUCCAUUGUGCCUAACCAGAGCUAUGAUGGUAAAUAUAAGUUUAUGUUUCAUGACAAUACAGCAGGUAUAGGGCGAGAUGCAAAUGAUACGUAACUGUGCUAUUGAGAACUGGGAGUAUUAUAAUGAGUGAUAUAUGUAAUAUUAUAUUAACAUGAACACAUGUAUUUAGUGAUGGUUUUGUUAUACGUAUUUAGGAAAUGUGGCUCUAUUCAUACCCCAAUCAUUGUGAAGAUGAAUAUUUUCAGACAACUCUACUUAAGAGAUGGAUGAUGACGAAAGUAGAGUGAAAAGUUCUCGGCCUGACAAUGAAAAACUGCAAUGUUCAGUUGUGCGGGAGGGGGGGUAGCAGACGUCUAAGUCCGCCAUUUUUUUAAGAAAGAGAGGCACUGGUUAAUUGCUAAGCAUGCCGACGCCACAUACCUCCUCCCUUGAGUCGAACAUCUUCCUAAACAUGUUGCGACAAUCACACUGCGCCACCCCCCCUAGACAGAUUCAUAGGUCCGCCUUUGAUUAUGCAGUAGAUUCUGAUCCCCUUUUUUGUGCAAAAUGUGUCGGACCCUUUCUUCCAAUAUCCUUACGGCAUCUUACUCACCUACACAUAAUGCCUACCGUUCAACACAAUAUUCCUUUCCCAUCGUUUCAGGCUUUUCUUUUUAAAAACAAGAAAAUAAGUCUGGCAAUUUUUCUAAUACUUGAUUAUUUUAUCAAUCUUCAAUAUUAUUUUGUCAAUGACGUCGCUGCGAAGAUACAGAAAAUACAAAACAGCAAGGACAAUAUUUACAUACUUUCGUCGAAAAAGCACGCUUAUGCUAUGCUCACGCUCUUCAAGGGGUAAACAACGUUUUUUGCACUAUUUUCCAAAGCCAAUCAAUUCAAGAGGUCUAAAAAGAUUCAUAAAAGUUGUAUUAUUUUCACUCUACAACUUGAAGAUACAAAACUGUGCAAAUUUCCUUAAAAAGCACGAAAAAGCGAAUUAUCGCUUUUUAGGGGCAACAUUUUUCCUUUCGAUAUUUUUUGAUGGCCCGUUAUCCCGAAAUUCUGAAUAAAAGUCUGUGUCAUAUCGAGAAAGCACUUUAUCCUCUAUUGUUUUGCAAUUCGCAUCAGCAAAUCUGCCAUUAAAAAUUAUCAAACGAAUACUUUGAUCCUUUGGCAUGAUCUCCAAAGCGUCCCAUGUGUUAGGUAUAAACUGAAAUUUUCUCAAUGAUUGAGGUAUCGUAACAGCGCACUGCUGAUAAAUGUUCGAUCUCAAAGAGAGUCGUGUGAUAUAGGACUGCUUUUAUUGUUCAAAGAUCUGUAUUUUAUUAUUUCUACUUAUCAAUUUUCUUUUCCCUAUAAUACAUAUGUGCACAAACUGAACAAGAACUAUCUACUUACGAUUGGCCUGUUUUAUUCCAUAUGUGCUAAAAAGUAGUUCACUUAAACAGUAUGAGCACAAAAAGCAACAUUUUUAGCAUCUAAACUUCGCACAACACAAAAUGCCGAAGCAGUUUAUUUCAUUUGAAAUGAUGUUCCAGGAUUUCAAAGAAUAAGCUAAUCUAGAAAAAUCUAGUUGUUCUCAUUUGUGCUCAUAAGGUGACAAUUUAAGUUAUACUACAAUUUAGAACAUAGCUUGUCUGCUUAAAUUGAUUGCGAAAUGUCAUAGAAUCACAGGAAAAAGUACAAAUUUUGUAAAAUCUCGGACAAGUAUGGAAAAAGACGAAAUAUAAUAUGUCAAGGUAAUGAUGUAAUGCUUUAACAUUCCCUUAUUACAAUGUAAUCGAUAUCAAUGGACGUAAGAGUUCUUAAAGUCUAGAUUUAAAAAAUUGUUACUUAUAUGAAUUCUUAAUAGAAUACAGAAAAUAGUUGUCUUAUAAGGAAACGUAUACCUUGUCACACUAUCUUGACGUCUAAGUGGAAGUAAAAUCUUAAGCUUUUUGAUGUAUAGGGACACAGUCGUGAGAAUUUUGGAAUAAAUUUUUCACAUAUUAGGAAAAACGGGCACAGGUGGCAGCCACACAAUGUGCGGUAAGAACUCAUAUGCCUCAGUUUUUUCUAAGAUAGGGAGAACGCUCCAUUUUUGCAGUUCGACAAAAGAAUUUGACCAAGCUAUAUCAAAAGAUUGUAAUAUCGAAUAAGCCCAUAUUUACAGUCGAUCGUUGAGGGCUGAGCGCUGAUCGAGAGUUGAUCAACCCCGAUUUAACAAUCUAAUUAUGCACAAUUAUUAGUUUACAAAAUUUUUAGGAAAUUCAAAAAUUCAAAAAAUAUUAGAAUCUUUAAAAUUCGAAAAUUUUCGAUGAAAUUUAAAAGCUCACAAAAUUUCAAAACUUACUUAUACUGAACAUCUUAGAACCUCUUUUGAGGAUCCUGAAGAUACUUAGAUUUUUGAAAAUCUUGUACAUUCAGAAAGACGCAAGAAUUAUUAGAACUAAAAAUUUAUUUGGAAUUUCGGAAAAUUUUAAAAUUUAUAAAAAUAAAUAUAAAUUGAGUAAAUUGAAAAUUUUGAAAACCAAUGAUGGUUAUAAACUUCAAAUGUUAUAUCCCCAUUUGAGCGUUACUCAAGGAUGUGUUAUUGUUCAUUUGAAACUCAAUAAGGGUCAACUAUAAAUAUGGGCUAUAGUGACACAACGCAAAAAUUAUCAAUGGUAUUUCUAGGCCGCAUUGAUGGUGUGACAAAGUGUAUAAAACUGCUUUUUAAUGUUGUUUAUAUUUUUCAUGUGAAUUCUUGGCUGUGAUACAGUAAUGUGGAAUGUAGACACUUCCCUCCAUGUCCAAAAAAGGUCCUGAUGCAAUUGCAUAAAUUUAGUAUGCCUCAUUCUGAGUUUUUUGUUAUAAAUUGCGAUAAUAACGAUAUGUGGUCGAUGGAAUUUAUGUUCCUGGACUAAGUAGACUACGUUUUUUAAGAAAUUAUGUAAAAGUUGUGUAACACUGUGUCCUGGAUUGCACUGAUUGUUGAUUAUACCAUAUUUGAUUUAUAACAAUGCCAGAUUGAGUAUAUUUAUGAACAGACAAUGAUUUCUGAAGUGCCUUUGUAAAGAAGAGUGACAGGUUUCACCUUCCAGAUGAUAUAUCUAUUGUGUAAAAAUUACGAAUCAAUAACAAAGUAUAUGAUUUUACAGAUACAUAGUUGUAUGGUGUGCCAUGUUGUGUAAAGCCAAAAAAGGCAGUGCAGUCAGAAACCAAUAAAUAUAUAUGUAUUAUAUUAUA